CUGUUGUACUGCUGUUUUCUGACUGUCACCAGGCUGUUUCUAGAAAGACUUGCUAUUUUUGUGUGCUAUAAGUUUGAUUCUUUCCAAUGGCUUCCAGUAUGUUUGUGAGCUAACUGGCCUUCUGCGCAAGACUGAGAGUGCAAGCGGGGACAAGAACUAAAAGCUGUAGGAAAGUAUGAAACUUAGAAGUUACCAGGAGCAAAAAACACUGGGAUUUCUGUUUCUUAAAAGCACUGAAGAACUUAAACAGCUGUUGAUGAAAUGGAUAAGUUGAUGAAGAAAUCAAGUUAAAGGAAACUGUUAUUUCUGUGAUAGCAUUCUUGUUUCAACCUGAGUAUCACAGCAGCUCUUCUAGUCUCUUCCAUUGUUUAUAUACUGACUGCACUGUUCUUUUAAGCUUUCCCUGUAUUGUACAUGCUUUGUGGUCCUUACUUGAGCAAAAGUCCAUUGGAUGCGAUAAGGAGAACUGCUUGCAGCUCACUGAUUUAAUUUGACCUUUUAUUUCUGCUAAAGAGGACUUAGUUCCACUGCCUUUGCUUUUUCUUUUGCUGGCUUAAAAUAUGUUUCAGUUAUGCAGCCUGGAGCUACCAGGGGUUACACUUAGUGAGUACCUCUAGGUUCAAGUCAGUGUCAAGAAGGUAUGCAGAGGUUGGUCCAGGAUGGCUGGACAUUUUCCCAAGACUGAGAAACUGUAUAACAUCACAUCAAUGCUGGAAUGCUUUGGAAGCAGCAAGGAGAUGAACUCUGGAGCUUGCAGUGUUCUCCCAAAUGGAGAGGAAGAAAAACAUUCAUUUAAAGUAGGAAGCCAGCAGCAGGAUCCUGAGCAGUAGUGAUGGAUGUCACUAAACUGGCUGAAUGUGAGAAGCUUGAGUCUCCCAUGCAGCUCAAGCUUGCAUUCAGUUAACUAGCUUUGAAUAGAGUUCACAUGAACUUCAGUGUGCUGUAUGCUUUUCAAUAGUCUCUGCAAGAAUAGCUUUGCAUCUGUUGCACUGCUGAGGUGUAUAUGCAGACCCCUAACUAUGACAUUGCGCAUAAAAUAAUAAUAGUAGUAAUAAAAAGAAACACUUUAAACUUUCCCUGUCAUUACAAGUAAAGUUUGAACAAGUGUCUAUGACACUCUGGGCAGCUUUGCACCCCAAAGUCAAUGUAGCCUAUAGGAUGAGAGUACCUGUAAAUAGAUUCAGCAGCUGGUUCGUUUUGCAUUAAGCAGUAGAUUUAUUAACUAUAAAUUAUAGAAAUGGUAGCUUUAGGAUGUGGAUAGGACAUUUUUAAAUGGUAAAAUAAACAGAAGCAAAACUAAUAGUUAAUCUUGUGCUGAUAGAUUUGUCCAGCAUAAAAACUUCAGGCAACAGAAGAUGUCUCACUACAGUGGGCAUAAUGGGGUUUUGUGAACCCAAAUCUUGAAUAAAACCAUGGCUAAAAAUGAUCAUGUAUGUGGAUGGACCUAGGAAUUUCAUCAGAAUAACAACUGUGCUCAUUUAGCCAUUAAUGUUUAGUUUGAUUCCAGCAAAAGCUCCUUUUUCAUGUGCCCAAAAUAUAGUGAACAAAAGAGGAGGGUGACUUGAGGAGUUAUCACCAAGCCUGAGGCUGCUGGCUUUGUGCUGCAUUUGGGAUGAUUGGGAGGAGUGGCUGGGAACAGCGGCUGGGAGCCAAGCAACUUUCCCCUACAGCAAACAAGGCUGCCAGACCAAUGUCCUGUGCUUUUUUUGUCCUGUUCAGGCUGCCCCAGAAAAGCUCUGGCACAGGGCAGCAUGACAAGCUAUCGCGCUGCUUCCAGCUCCUGCUGGCACCGUUGCUUUGUACAGAGCUGGGUCAGUUCAGCAGCCUUGCUUCCAGCAAAUGUCUCGCAGAUGCUGCUGGAUUACCACUGGGUGCAGAGUGCACGCAGUCUUCCCAUGUGUACUGCUGCAGACUGCUGAGGAGCAGAGGCUUUCCAGAGCUCUUGCUUCCCACUUUCAGAUUCCCAGUAGUUUAACAGAGAGAAGAGAUGAAAAAAAUAAGAACUUAUUUACUGCAGCCACAGAGAGGGAAAUAAAUAGCUCUUACCACAGAGAAGAAACAAACCUCUGCCAGGUUGGUUCCUGGGCCUAAAUGCUUCCAGACAGGGAGAUGUACUCAGCAUUGGGCAGGCACCAAAACAAGAGUGAGUCCAAGACAAUUCCCGUGGUGAUCAUAGGGAAUGGACCUUCUGGAAUCUGCCUCUCAUAUUUGCUGACAGGCUACACACCUUACUUCAAAAGACACUCUCUUCAUCCUCAUCCCAUUCUUCAAAGUAAACUAGAAGAGGCAGCAGAUGUGUCCAUUUUGGACCAGGAUCUGGAGUAUCUGUCUGAAGGUUUAGAGGGAAGAUCCAACAGCCCUGUGGCUCUUCUGCUUGAUACCCUUCUGCGACCUGAUACAGACUUUGGUGUGAGUGCAGAAUCUGUGCUCACUUGGAGGCACGAGACUGAAAGAGCCAUCUCCCACCUGGUCCUUGGCAAGAACCCUCCAGGAGGUGCCUGGCAUUCUAUUGAGGGCUCCAUGAUUACCCUGAGCAGAGGGGAAUGGAUGGGACUCCCAGAUCUCCAGUUCAAGGACUGGCUAAAGCAAAAGAAAAGGGGCCUCAGAAACCAUAGAGCCACAGCAGAAGACAUUGCUCAAUACUACCAGCAUUAUGUAGUGAAGAAAGGGCUGCAGAAGAACUUUAGAUGUGGGACUGUUGUAACCUCUGUGAGGAAAGUAAGUGCAAAGAGCAUCUCCAACCACGCACAGAAAGAUCUACAGAAGAGUGACUUGCUCUGGAACUUCAGUGAGGAGAAUAUGGAGGUCUUUCAGGUGGAUGGAUUUGUCAAAACUGUCAAAGGUGACAAGGAGCCCUUCACUGUCUAUGCAGAGAAUGUGGUCUUAGCUACAGGAACGUAUGAUAGUCCCACUUGGCUCAGGGUCAAGGGAGAGAACCUUUCCUAUGUCCAUCACCAGCUCUCUGCCCUAGAGGAAGCAGUGAAAAACAACAGUAUUGGUAUCACAUCAGAUCCAGUUUUGAUUGUAGGUGCUGGUUUGACAGCUGCUGAUGCGAUUCUCUUUGCUCACCACUGCAGUAUUCCAGUAAUUCAUGUUUUUCGGAGACGAGUCAGCGAUCCAGGUCUUAUUUUUAACCAGCUACCCAAAAUGAUGUACCCUGAAUACCACAAAGUCCAUCAGAUGAUGAAGGAACAGUCAGCUGCUUGUGCUGGGCCCUAUGAGUGCUACGUUAGCCUGCCUGAGCACCAUGUUCUAUCUUUUGGCAAGGACAAGAAAUGUAUCCUUCAAGACAAAAACGGCUGCCAGAAAGCUUUUAAAAUUUCCAUGGCUCUUGUUCUAACUGGUUCAAAUCCCAACCUCUCCUUUCUGCUGAAUAAUGGCAUUGACUUGGCGAUGGACAGUGACCAACCAGUCAAUCCCAAGAGGAAUCCCAUAGAUGUUGACCCAUUCACUUAUGAAUGUACUCAGGAGAAAGGGCUUUAUGCUCUAGGGCCUCUAGCUGGAGAUAACUUUGUACGCUUUGUACAGGGAGGGGCUCUGGCUGCUGCCAGCUCUCUCUUAAGGAAAGCAAACAAAAAUCCUCCAUAACAACAAAAGCCACCUAUGCUAACAAUGUCUGAAUGGGUUACUGCUGAUGUCAGAGAAUUUGAUAUGCACGUAUUUAAAUGAGAAGGCUACUCUUGCCAUUCUUCAGGAUUAUGCAGUUACUAAGUUCUUGCUGAGUUAUUUGGAAAGGUUACAUCACCAGAGUUUCAUUCAUGGCAGUAACUUCAUUCCCAGGGUAUUCUGCUCCUUUUCUACAUGGCUGUGUAUGCAGGCAGCAGGGGCACUGAACCUUCCUCCUGGAGAAGUGGAGGGUAAGGUAGUGAAUGCUCUUUUGUGUUAACACCUCCCAGGUUUCUGAAAGUUGAAAUGAGGAAUAAUCAAUGUAAAUUACUUCCAGACCGCAGGCUGACAACUCUCUGUCUGUCAGUCUUCCAGUGUUUGUGAUGAAGAAAAGUAAUCCAGGGUGGUUUUGAUUGCUCCUGUGGCUCAGCUGUAUGUUCUCAUCAGAUGAGAACUCACUGGAAGAAGUGCAAAUAAACUGGCACAGAAACACAGCCAAAAGUGCAUCAUCUCAUUGAUGACACCAGCAACAUGUAAUAUAUAAUAUCCUUUUAUUCAGAAGUUUUCUGUAAUGUAUUUUCUUCUGAGAACGGGCAACACUGAUUUUACAAACAUCUGGUUUGCCAUCAUCCAGCUUUCUACUAAUUCCCAAAAUGUGGUGGCCAAGUUCUUGGUAGCUUCUGCAGAGACAGCAGAGCUAAAUGGGAGCUGCUGGUCUGCCAUGAAGCCCUGCCCAGGCACUGAGUGGGGCUUCUGCUGCAGAGUGCUUCAGAGAAAAGCAAUAUGGCAUGUACUGUAGUGUGAAUUUCUAAUGUAAUGUCAUCUAAUAAUAAUAUUGUGUAUUAAGGGGAAAUGGCACAGUCACUUUUUGGUCGUUUAUGGUAAAUAUUAUGAUCUUUUAUAUACUGUUUUUCUUACGAAGGAUAUUUUUUAAUUGACAAAGCAUUUUGCUACAUGCUUUCAGACAGGCUUUUGAAUGAGCUGGGAUGGGUGGGAAUGAUGCUUUUUGUUACCAACAGCAUUCCCAACAGACCUGCAAGGCCUUCUGUAGCUCUCCUAGGAAAAAAAUGAGAGUUAUAGCUAAUGUUAUUAAAACAAAGGCACUCUGCUCCCUACACUGUAAUGAAGCUUAGUGAUGUAACGGGAUGCUUCACAAAGCACUGGAAACCGGUAUACAUGGAGACAGUGGCUGUUCUGAAGUGAAUGAGCUUCCAGUUGUGUAGGGAGAUGUGUAAGGAGCCUGCCUGUAGCAUUGCUGUAUCACACCUGGAUGCCUUUGCCACUGACUUCAAUGGAAUAUUUUUUCAAUAAAGUUAUUUCAGACUUA